AUGUUUUCUUUUCUUUCUUUUAGGUUUCUUUCUUUUCUUUCUUUUCUUUCUUUCUUUCAAAUCUUUCUUUCUUUCUUUGGCUUUUUUUCUUUCUUUCCAUGUUUCAUUCAUUUCUUUUGCCUCAUUCUUUCAUUUUCUUUUUCUUUCUUUUCAUGUUUCAUUCUUUCUUUUUUUCUUUCUUUCUUUUCUUUUCUUUGUUUCUUUUUCUUUUUUUUCUUUCUUUUUCCCUCUUUCUUAAAUUUUUUCUUUCUUUCCAUUUUCUUUUUUUCUUUCUUUUGGCCUUUUCAUUUAUUCUUUUCUUUCUUUUUUUCUUUUCUUUCUUUAAUUUUGCUUUCUUUCCAUCCAUUCUUUCUUUGUCUUUCUUUUCUUUCUUUCUUCUUUCUUUUUCUUUCUUUCAUUAAUCUUUCUUUCUUUCCUCUUUCCCUCUUUUUUCUUUCUUUCUUUCUUUUGCUUUGUUUUUUUUCUUUGACCCUUUCUUUGCUUUCUUUCUUUCUUUCUUCUUUCUUUUCUUUCUUUCUUGGCCCUUUCUCCCUCCAUGAUUCUUUUCUUUUUUCUUUCUUUCUUAAUUUUGCUUUCUUUCCAUGUUUCAUUUUUCUUUCUUUUUGCAGUUUCUUUUCUUUCUUUCUUUUCUUUCUUUCUUUCUUUCUUUCUUUGGCCCUUUUUCCUCCAGUUCAUUCUUUCUUUUUCUUUCUUUUCAUUUUUUUUCUUUCUUUCCAUUGUCUUGCUUCUUUGAUAUUUCUUUCUUUCUUUCUUUUUUCUUUCUUUUCUUUUCUUUUUUUUUCUUUUGUUUCAACUAGAUUCUUCUUUUUUUCUUUCUUUGUUUCUUUCUUUCUUUCUUUCUUUGUUUCUUUCCCUCCAUUCAUUCUUUCUUUCUUUUUUCUUUCUUUCAUUAAUUUUUUGCUUUCUUUCCAUGUUUCUGCGAUUUUCUUUGUAGCUUUCUUUCUUUCUUUCUUUUUUUUAUUUUUCUUUCUUUCUUUCUUUCUUUGA